UUCGGUCUCCGCAGUAGCUGCUCCGUCGUCGUCCCCACGCCAUCCGCAGCAGCCUCGGUCGUGGCCUUCCUCGACGGCUUCUGGAGGAGAUCUUCCUCCGCCUGCCGCCGGACGAGGCUGAGCACCUUGUGCGCGCCUCCCUUGCCAGCAAGUUCUGGCUUGGCCUCCUCUCCGGCGCUCGCUUUCGCGGCCGCUACCGAAAUUUCGUCCGUGCAUUCCCGACGAUGACUGGGGGACUGGGAAUAUGAUGCGUGGGACUGCCGCCAUGGUCGUGUUCUCCUUGGCGAUGUGGGCUAUAAACCCAUGACGCUCACCGUUUGGGAUCCCAUGACGGGCUGCCAGAGGGAGCUGGAUGCGCCCGUCCUGGUGGACGACAAAAGCUAUGGGGGCAGCGGUGCUCUGCGCUGCGAGCGGCUGUGACCACAGUACGUGCCACGCAGGGCCCUUCCAGGUCGUCUUCAUCGCUCUGAACAAGACUGAUGCUCAUGAUUGUGUUGCACAGGCGUGGGUGACCUUGCCGGUGACAGGUGACCACAGCAACCCCAUUUUGUUGAGCAUAUACCGUUCUCAUUUUGAUAACUGGAGCAAUCCAUGCUCCGGCCUUCAACUUGACUCCGAUGUGUACAUCCACGAAGCGCCUCCUGUCUUCGUCCAAAGACACACUUCACUUCAAGCUUUGUGACUGCGUCGAUGAUCGCCUAGUAGGAAUUCUCAAGUACGACCUGAGCACUAAUUGCUUAUCAUUGAUUGAUAUGCCGCUUGCUGAUGAUGUUAUCCUCAUGGCGAUGGAGGAUGACAGUUUGGGGUUUGCACAUGUGGUUGGGUUAAUCCUCAAUCUGUGGUCAAGGCACAUGGGUUCUGACGGAGUUGCAUCAUGGACUCAGCGUACAGUCAUCAAUAUCAACAACAUCCUUCACAUUCGAAAUCCAAAGAAAAGACUUAGGCUGAUUGGAUCUGUGAAAGGCACCGAUAUCAUUUUCGUGACCACGGAUCUUGGAAUCUACAAGAUUAAUCUGAAGUCACUACAGUGGGAGAGAGAAAAGUUUCAAGCUUUCAUCCCAUACAUGAGUUUCUACAAUUCACAAGGGUGACCCCCGGUGACGCGGCGCAUUAAGAAUGUGUGGUUGAAGAUGUACGAGGCUACACUCAUCAACAAGAUAGGUGACAAACUUGGAGGCAACAGGGGUCUCGCGAAGUCCUGAUGAAUUAUGUCAUCAUUCAGUAGCCCUUUUGGUGCAGCGGUGCUUGCUUGUUUUCCCAUGUUGUUGGUAGCUUUUGUCAGUUAGCUUGAUAAUCUCCCGUGUUAGUGGCCGAGUGAAUUGAUUAUCUUUGUAAUGAACCUCUAAUUUGAUGUACCCUGUUGUAGAAUUUACUUGAAAAAGCAUUUGCAAACAGUAACUCGGUAUUACCAUUUUAAAAACUCUACAGUUUGCCCUGUCCCAGCUUUGAUCCAAUCUUUAAAUUCAUCUCUCAAAAGAUGCACUGUUAGGGAGUGGUUUCUGUUUCCCGAGAGAUGGUAUGAUGAAGCUUUUUGCACCUUGGCUUGCUGGUUUUUUCUUAAUGAAUAAUCUGAUGGAUUUAAGUUCUGUGUUUUAGCAAGCAAUGUUGCUGAAGAGUGUAGCACGCGAACUGGA